GACGUCACCGCCGCGAGGAGCCGCGCUGUGACACGCUCUCUCUUAGAGCUAGCAGCGGAUCAGCUGGAAGCUACUGCGUCAGCUUGCUGUUAGCCAUUAGCCUCCCCGUCAGCGGCGCGCGGCUCAGGCGGGAUGAACGCGCGGCAGACGGCGGGGAUGAGCGCCGGAGGCCGGCGGAGGUAAACCCGGUGUCCGGUCAUGACAGCAUCCCCCUUGAAGUUCUGGUCCUUGGAGUGCUGGCGCCAUGUCAGACAUGUCGGAUCCAGCUGCUGUAGAGGAACCAGCUCCUCGCCAUUCCGCUCGGGCCCCACUGGCAGUGAAGGCCCUGUCCGAGGCCUUCGGCCGGCUGCGGUACCGCGACACAUCGCUGCUCAUAUGGCAGCAGCAGCAGCUGGAGGCAGCGCCGCCGCCCUCCACCUACCUGAGCCGCAGCCAGUCAGCUUGGUACAGCAAUUACGGGAACCAGGCCGUGUUGAUCCGGGACAGGAGGGGCGCGGACGAGGGCCGGUCCAGGAUCUGCAGCGUCAUGUAGACCCAGGAACCAGAAUGCUGCUUUUAGUCUGGGUUUAUGUCCCAGCCCUGCUUUUUGUUUUUAAAGACCAAAACCACCAAAUCAGUGCAAAGUUGUAAAAUCCACAUUUCCUCAGAAGAAACAAGUGUA